AUGGGAAGUAGAAUCAGGGUUAGUUUUGAAGAUGAGAAGGGAGCAGAAACAGGGAUGCCGAGCUUCAAUUCCGACGAUGCAUGCUAUACAGAAGGGAACACAGUUGAUGCUUUUCAUGUUUCUGACUUUGGAGCAUUUGGUCAGCCGUAUCGCAUAGAGGAUGCCGUUGCUCUGAGUGGAAAUUCAAACUCGAUUUUUAACUCACUAAAAGUAAGUGGCCAAACAAUUUCUCCCGGCCCGGCUCACAUAAGUACUCUUGGAAAAUUUCCAACAUCACUUGAUAAAAGCCCCUUGGAGAAUCAAACAGAGCCACAUAGGUUGCAAUUAACAAAGCUUCAAUCAUCAAAUCUUAGCAGCAGUUCGAUAUUAAGUGUUCAUAUAGAAAACCAGGAAGAGUUUACCAUGGCUGAUGCCAGUCCUAGGACUGAUAUUUCUACAGAUGUUGACACCGAUGACAAGAAUCAACGGUUUGAUACAAAUCAAUCUCUUGUUCCUGUGGGUUCCGACUCCAGUGACAGAUCAAAGGAUAAAUCAGAUCAAAAGACUCUCCGCAGGCUUGCUCAAAAUCGUGAGGCAGCAAGAAAAAGCCGGUUGAGAAAAAAAGCCUAUGUCCAACAGUUGGAAAGUAGUCGUUUGAAGCUGACUCAACUAGAGCAAGAGCUUCAGCGAGCCAGACAACAGGGAGUCUUCAUAUCAAGCUCGGGUGAACAAACACAUUCGCUGAGUGGAAAUGGGGCAAUGCAAUUCGAUGCAGAAUAUGCAAGGUGGCUAGAAGAGCAGAAUCGGCAAAUUAAUGAGCUGAGAGCAGCUGUAAAUUCUCAUGCAAGUGAUACCGAACUUCGCAUGAUUGUUGAUGGUAUAUUGGCACAUUAUGAUGAGAUUUUUAGGCUAAAAGGUGUUGCAGCUAAGGCUGAUGUUUUCCAUUUGUUGUCGGGCAUGUGGAAAACACCUGCUGAGAGGUGUUUUUUAUGGCUUGGCGGUUUUCGUUCGUCUGAGCUUCUCAAGCUUCUGGUAAGUCAAUUGGAACCUCUCACAGAGCAGCAGUUGAUGGGUAUUACCAACUUGCAACAAUCCUCCCAACAAGCAGAAGACGCAUUGUCUCAAGGCAUGGAAGCAUUACAACAGUCCCUUGCAGAGACGUUGUCCACCGGCGCACCUUCCUCCUCUGGUUCCUCAGGGAACGUCGCAAACUACAUGGGUCAAAUGGCUAUGGCCAUGGGUAAACUCGGGACACUCGAGGGCUUCAUUCGACAGGCUGACAAUCUGCGCCAGCAGACUCUACAACAAAUGCACCGAAUAUUGACAACACGACAAUCGGCUCGUGCACUUCUUGCCAUACAUGAUUACUUUUCGCGGCUGCGCGCUCUCAGCUCCCUCUGGCUGGCCCGUCCACGAGAUUAA